UUUCUUGAGAGUACGCGAACUUGGUUGGCAUCGCCAUUGUGGAAAUGAAACCAAUUAUCAUUGAUGAAGACGUCGAGAUAGGUGACGUCGCUCCGUCGUCUACCACUAGUGCUCCAGGAAACAAGGUGUUGAUACCUCACAACGCAGCAUCGCCCAAGAAGAAGGAGAAACACCCUCCUGUCUAUCGUAGCCACAGCAUCCACACGUCGUCGGCUGCCCAUGCCGCCUACGUCCAUCCAACCCCCCACCUUCAACCUCCACACACACAUAAUUCUUCCACGGACAAGCACAAUCGAAGUGCGACGAUGUCGCACAUUCCCAUGAUCAAACACAAGCGGCCCAAACCCACGAAAUCCAACCACCAUAAAACCCACGACCCGAAUUGGGACGUUAGCAUCUUGAACAAGAGCUGGCAAAUCUCGGACGACAUGCGGCGGUCCCUACCCGCGCUUGUCCAGAACAACCUUCGCAUGGCGCGGGGGGCGUCGGCGCCCAGUGCGGACCAGAGAUUCCUCAGCUCUACCAAGCUGGUCGUUCCUGCACUCAAAGGUCCCGUGCAGUCGAUGGGAAUUCCCACUUCGGCAGAAGUAUUGCAAGCCCAAUUGCUCAUGGACGAGGUGAAGAACGACGCCCUCGAGAAAUUAACCGACUCGGACCGUCGAAAGUACCGCCCGUGUUACAUCAUCACGAGUUCGUCCUAUGGAUUGUUACUACAAGUACUACUCAUUAGGUACUUUGGGGAAUCGGGAAAAUCCGAUAUGGGGCGCUUAACAAACAAGUUGGCGUCGCAAAUGUACCUGUUUACGUCUGUGGAGGAUCUCUUGGACACAAACAUAGACAUGACCCAGUUGGAGCCUUCCGACGACACGGUGGGCAUCUUUGCGGGGCCGCUCACGGCGCGCCACAAGUACACGGCUAUGUGUUUGAUAGCCAAGCUCCCGCCAUCGAUUCGUCUCAUGAUUCGAAACCACACGGGGCCCGAAAUCAACGUAUCGCAUAUGGCCAUGGGGGACGACAUGUGCAAGAUCUUUGCACAAUGCUUGGCAGAUUUGCCCAUGGUCACUAGCUUGAACGUUCGGAACAAUCGGCUCACCGACAGCGGCAUUGGCGCCCUCGUGUAUGUGUGCUUGAACAAGGAUGACCUCACGUCCCUCGACUUGUCGGAAAACAAGGUAGACGGAGACGCAGCGGCGGCGUUGGCCGAGUACGUGGCAGCGCCUACGUGCGCCCUCACCGAGCUCCGAAUGAACAAGAGCGACGUCGACGACGGCGAAGUCCUCGGGUUUGCUCAGGCACUGCACACUAACACAUCGUUGCGGACGUUGGAACUGUCGCGAAAUUUAAUCGGCAGUGCGGAAAUGAUGAACGUCGUCAAGCCCGACAUGAUCACAGGCGGCGAAGCGAUUGCCGAAAUGCUCUGCAACAACAGUUUUCUGACAAAGUUGGACUUGUCUUGGAACACCAUUCGCCUCAACAGCGCUGUGGAGCUGGGAAAGGCACUGGCGAUCAACAAUGGCCUUCGUGAGCUCAAUCUAGCGUACAACGGCUUCGGGAACGAAGGAACUCAAGCAAUAGGCAUGGCCUUGCAUAAAAACAAUUGCCUUCAGGUGCUGGAUCUGAGCCACAACAACAUUCCGUGCCAAGCCGCGUGGGUCAUUGCGCAGUCGCUGCAAGUGAACGAUUCGAUCUCGACCAUCAUCUUGGAUGGGAAUCCGCUGGGGAAAUUGGGCUGCCAGGGCCUGCUGCAAGCUGUAGCCACGUCCAGCAACCGGAGUCUGUCCAUUCCCAUGAACGGAUGCAACUUUGACCUGUUCGACCCCAACAGUUUCAAUCCAGAAGAAGCGUCGGGCCAGUAUGACCUGAAUUUGAGCAUUCCCUACGAACGGUCCAUUUUGCUCGAGCUCGUUCGAUGUGCAAGCACCAAGACAGGGUGCAAGUUCAUUUCCAUGGUGCACGUGCUGGACAAGACGUCCAAGACCAUUCACGUCGAGUGCCGCGACGCAACCAAAGCCUCGGCAGAGUUGGUGCGGCGGCGAAGCAGCAACAAAGCGCGCAUGUUUGCGGCCAGGAUGAACCAAACGACCCUUGAGUCAUUGUUUGACGAGUUAGACAAGGACCACUCGGGGGCGAUCGACUCGAUCGAGCUGGAAAACGGCAUGCUUAGCAUGGGCAUUGAACCCGAAGUGGGCGAAGCAGCACGGUUGAUUUCCCGCUUUGACAUUGACGGCACAGGCACGAUUGAAAUGAACGAGUUUAUGGAGCUGAUGGCAUCGUUCAACGUCGUGCCGACGCCCAAACGGGUCCUCGUGGAUGUGGCGACGAAUCGGCCGUUCGAAGUGCCGCUGACGGGUCACAUGCUGGUCGAGUUUGUGGAUCUGCACAUCCCGUCUGAGCAGCAGGAGGCGCACACUAGAGAAAGCGUCGGCCACCUCAUCAAGAACCUCAAGGACAAUCAUUCCCACGUGCAAAUGCUGGCCAUGGCCAAGAACGGCAUGUAUUUCAAAGAGCGAGAGGCGCAGAUGAUCAUCGACUCGAUCUUGGACGGGUCGGACGUCGUGCAGGCCAUGGCGUCGAUCUUGCCGCACAUGAUUGAUGCGUCCAAUGCGUGUCAGCUCAUCGAGUGCAACAUCACCGACGUGUCCCAACGCUUGCGUUUGCAGCACUUGUUGCGGUUUUCGUUUGGACCGAUUGUGGGGCUGUGCACGGGCCACUACCGGCUGGAAAUGGCUGAGCCAUUGGACCGGAUUGCCGCCAAGAAACUCAUGGAGAUUUCCAACAAAACCAUGCUGUGGAAGAAGCGCCACGACUUACUCGACACGUCCCAGCACAGGAACUUUCAGUGCUUUCGAAACGAGUGCUUCAAUGGCAAACCUGUUGUCCUCGAAAACGCAUUUUGCGAUAAGAUCCCCAAGUUUGGCGUCCUCGAAUUCGACUUUGUGCACAUGGCGAGUCGUCCGCUGCGGCAGCAAGGUCAAGCCGAUAUCCAGCCCAUGUCGACCAAGCGAUUUCAACAAUUCCUCGACAAGAUGCAAACCGUGGGGUUGGAUGUGAACCCACACUGCCAAGUGCCGCACUGCUACCGCGUGCUGUCGGAAAACGUGUACACGCAAGUGCUAAAAAUGCAGAAGAAUCGGCAGCACAUUCACUACGGCGCAGGUCUCGCUGCGGUGAGCGAGGCCACACUGCUUGGCGAAAAGACUACGAUCAGUGUGCGGCGACUGAUCAUGGAGCUCCACUCCGUGCUCUCGUCCAGAUGGAUCAGCGUCAAGCAGACCAUUCGUUUCCUCACCAUGUGGCCGCGGGUGUUCCAAGCCGCCCGCCUCGAUGUGAUUUUGAUCUUUUUUGAUCGUAUCACGGACGUGUACAACUUUCAGCAGGUGCUGCCAUUGCUCACAGACGACGAAGUCGCGCAGUUGUUGUAUCGUGUGGGGUGGCUACACGUGUGGAGUCCGUUGGUCCCAGACUUGUAUUACGAGCUGGAUCUGUCCAUGUACGAACAGCGCGAAGUGGCCAAGAUAUUGGUGCAACUCGCAUUGAACGAACCGGGCGAGAACUGGCAGAAUGAAACGUACGGGUGGAACCGUGGCGACCCCAUCCCUGGAUGGCAACUGAACCAGUCGUGGCUUGGCGAAGGCAACUUUCCCGAAAAGGGGUAUCUGACGCUCGAUUAUUACUCGGGGGCCGACCGAGGUUGCGGGCCGGUGUGGCACACUCGAAUGGCCCUGUGCAAGCACGUGUUGGCGGAACCCCCGCCCCCGGCUCAUUUGAACGAAUUUAUCCACCACACGACCAUUCUCACACUCAACUCGAUCAGGGACUUGACGCCCAAACCUGUGGUUGCUCACUCGAUCCAGCCCAAGAAAAAGCAAUAACCAACGGUGUACUACUUCCUUCUUUGCCAUGCAAACACCCAUAUAACGUUAACGUUCAUAAAACAAUUCAACCUACCCCA